GGAGAGAAAUAGAGGGGGAGGAACACAUGCACUGAGUGACUUUCGUUUCCUCCCCCACAUUGCGAGAUAUUUCUUCUUCAAACCCAGGAGGAAAAGGGGACCCUUUAACAUGUCACAAGAAGGGGGUCUUCCAAGCUGUCAUACAUAGAGGAGAGGCCAAUUACAAGGCAGGAUAGAGCGCCCACAGCCUCACUGCGGAGCAGAGCGUCCUGUCAUUGCAGGCACAGUGGUGCCACCGCUUCAUUGUACAGGCAGGGGAGAGCAGACGCUGGCUGCAAGCACAUAGGAGCAGACUCACUCCCUGCACACAACGGGGGAACACCCCCUGCUCAUUACACUCCGCUAUUCCACAGCUUGUGAUAUAGUAUCCCCUCCUCCUCCUUCUCCCCCUGUCUUUCAUCCUCUGGGAAGCCAGAAAAAAAAGGCAAAAGAAAGGGAGAGGGGGAACAGGGGAGGGGGGCAGACAGGGGGAGACAGUGGGAGGAGAAAAGAGAGGGUGCGAGAGAACGUGGGGAGAAGAUAGUGUGGGAAGAGAAAAAGAGAACAGCUCUUGCAGGUGAAAUGAGAGCGAGAGACAUUGGGGCUGCAAUAAGAAACUGCUGGAGAACGACCUCUGGAGACAUCUGUAUAGAGGCACCGCUGAAUCUGUAGAGAGACCGUUGCACAUGCGGAGACAGCUGUGAGAAGAACUGCUGAGGCAGGUGUUGUCCAGAGACCAACUGACACCUGCUAGUGACCGCGGACCAGGAACAUGUGAGACACUACACACGUCUCCUGGAUUUACCUUCUAUUUAUUUCCAGGAUCCUCAUCACAUCAUUUUCACAACAAUCCUCUCUUCUGUGAAGCAUCUGCAUGUCCUUUUUGGUAUUUGUGAUAGGGAUUUAUGUUCCACCCCUUUUCCCCAUAUAGCAAUAGCAUUCAAACCAUUUUAAAGGCAGUUCAGUAAUCUCUUUUCCAUAUUUAAUGUGUAAAAAAAAAAUCGAUCCUAAAAAAUGUCUUGUGGUAGACAGUUUCUCUACUCCCACACAAUGACAUACUAGUAUGUUUUUUAUUACAUUUACUCACAAUCCAGAAACAAUCCUUUCCUCGGUUCUCAUUUAAAAAAGUCUUAAAUGUGCCAAAUGCAUUUUAAGGGCGAACAGUAAAUCUCACCCUCACAGUGCCUUAUUAUUUGAGGGGGCUCUGCCCCCUUGCUCACUAUUGCUUCCUACCCACUCAAACCCACACACCAUGAAGCCUCUUGAAAAAUUCUUAAAGAAGCAGAGCUCCCAUCUCUCUGGCCCACGACACUUGCAUAGGAGACAGAGUGUGUCCAAAAUCCUCCCAUCCUUCCUGAGGGACACUCCAGGUGAGACCCCUGGCAGUGGAGGGUGUGAAGAAGACUCUGCAGGAACCCCACCAACCUCCCAAGACUGUCUAGAGCUACCUGAUGGACUGCGCUCUCCCCUCUCCUUUUCUUCUGAUGAACUGUCUCCUUCAGAGCCCCUCACACCCCCUCCAGGUUCUGGGGGAUGGACACUUGCACCCCCAUGUCCUCUACUUGCUCCUGACACCCCUGAGGCCCUCCUGUUAAGGGUGCUGGAGCAGUUGCUGGGAAGCCCUCGACUGAGCGAUGCGGCUGAAUUGGCUUUGGAUGAUUUUAUUAUCAGUCACGCCCUUUUUAUGCCUACGGAUGAGCUCCUCCUUCAGCUACAGCAGUAUUUCUGUGGGUGCAGUCGGUAUUCCUCUCCCACUUGGGAGGGAAGUGAUGUUCUGCAGAAGAAGCAGGCCGUCUUGUGUGCUCUGCUAAGGCUGUUGGACACCAACAAGGAUACUCUGCAAGAAGAAGAGAGAAGCUUUCAGCUGAUCAAGGAUUUUUAUGUUUUGGUGAUGAGAGAUGCUUCAAAUCUACCCCAGCUUGAGGGGAACGUGAUCCGGCUACAUCGACUGGUUGAGACAGCUGAACUCAGGCUCACAGAUGGCAGCGCCACACCCUGUUCUAAGCAAGUCAAACCACUCUUCCGGCAUUUCCGUCGGAUUGACUCCUGUCUACAGCCACGUGUUGCGUUCAGAGGGUCAGAUGAAAUCUUCUGUAGGGUGUACAUGCCUGAUCACUCAUAUGUUACCAUCCGGAGCCGGCUGUCUGCAUCAGUCUCUGAUAUCCUGACUUCUGUGUCUGAGAAACUGCAAUACUCAGAGGAACAAGUACAGAGAGAAGAGCCACUACUCCUGGUAGCUGUGACCAGUGCCGGAGACAAGGUUCUCCUGAAGCCAGAUGAUGGCUGUAUCUUCACCACCCUGGGAAUUAAUAGCCACCUGUUUGCCUGUAACCGAGAAGAGCUGCGGUCACUGGUCCCUCUCCCGGAGGAGGUCCAGUUGCCUCCAGAAGAUUCUCACAUUCACCGUAUUGAGGCAGAAGAUUUAGCCAAUCACUUGAGUGCUUUUCACUGGGAACUCUUCAGCUGUGUUCAUGAGAUGGAGUUUGUAGAUUACGUGUUCCACGCUGAGCGAGGGCGCAGAGAGACAGCCAACCUAGAGCUGCUACUGCAGCGGUGCAGCGAGGUGCAACACUGGGUCAGUACACAGACUCUGCUGUGCGAGGGGUUGGCACGGCGCACACAGCUACUCAAGAAAUUCAUCAAGACAGCUGCCAUAUGUAAACAGAACCAGGAUCUCCUGUCCUUUUUUGCAAUAGUGAUGGGUUUGGAUAACGGAGCUGUUAGCCGGCUACGGGGCACCUGGGAAAAAUUACCUGGAAAGUUUAAGAACCUUUUUCGGAAAUUUGAGAAUUUAACGGACCCUUGUCGAAAUCACAAAUCAUACCGUGAAAUGGUGACUCGAAUGCGCCCCCCUGUUAUCCCAUUUAUUCCGCUUAUCUUGAAAGAUCUCACUUUUUUACAUGAAGGCAGCAAGACUUUCAUCGAUGGGCUUGUGAACGUGGAAAAAAUGCACGCAAUUGCUGAGAAAGUGAGAACUGUCAGGAAAUACAGGAGCAGCCAACUGCAUCUAGAAACGGACAUCUCUCCUACUCACCUGCAGAAUAAAGCGUAUGUACGCCAGUUCCAAGUUAUUGACAACCAAAAUCUGCUAUUCGAGUUGUCCUACAAACUGGAAGCCAGUGCACAGUGACAGAAGCUCAGGGUACAUGACAAGGACGGCAUGGAAUGAGCAGAAGAUGCUACACUGGGAACAUAAAAUCUGAUGGAACCCUAGAGCAUAGGCUGCUAUGCUCCCUUGGGUAAACCGUUUGUGCAUUCUCUCACUGCUGAGCGUGCUUUGUAAGCAGAGCAUAUCAUGAAAUGUGGUAUAAAGAGUACUAUGUGCCAAUGAAACUCUGACACCGUUUAAAUGCAGCUGUGUUAAGAUGAACUCAAUAACCAUAACUGCAUUGCCACAGCUUGAUGCAAUAGAAAACUGUGGACUACACAUCUGCUAGGCUUGAAGUGAAUAAUAAGUGGGAUGUAUGGCCUGCAGCAGAUUUAAACCAAGCAGGGUAUAAGGGAAACCGGGUAUUUUUGUAAGUAUAUGAGAUGUAAAGCCUGACUUGUGCUAUUUUCAUAAUGUGGAAAGAUAUGGGUAAAGUAAUUAGAAAAUAUAUAAAUAUAUAAUAGGAUUAUUGUGGUUAAUCCCUCAAUCAUCAGAAGAACCAACAUUACUUAGCCCCAAAGGGUAUUCUGCAUUACAUUCUGCCAAAAGGUUGAAGCAAAGCUAUGUGUGUGUGUGUGAUAUAAAUACUGGCUGGAUCUGGCUUCAUUAUAAAUAACCUAGCCAGUUUCCCACUGUUUUAGAACUGGACUUAUGGACACACGUACACUGCAGUUUAUUUAUAUAUAAAUAAAAGUGGACAAGAUAUAUUAAAAUAAUAAGCUAAAAAGAGAUUUUAGUACCCCAAAGUGUCUGAUUAUAUAUAUAUAUAUAUAUAUAUAUAUAUUUAUAUUUAAAACAAGCCUUAGACUGGAUGCAUUCAUAUAUAUUUGGUAUAAUUUUAACUAAUAUGUGAGACAUUGAAAUAAUAUCUUAGGAAACUCUCAAGAUAUUUCCAACUCUAUGUAUAUUAGUGUGCAUAUAUGUACAUUACAGUAUAGAAAUAAUUGUGCACAUAUAUAUAGUAUGUAUGUGUGUAUUGUGCAUAAAUACAUCUAACUGCAUAGGUGUUUAUAAACAAUUAUAUAAACAUACAUACAGUUUAUGUAUAUGUAUAUAUGUGUGCACAGAAGUGGAUUGUGUGUGUGCGUGUGUGUAUUCCUUCUUUAUAUUUUUAGUGUAUAUAUAGAAAGGGAAGUUUAGUGUGUCUGAAUGAACACCUUAGGGUGAAGAUCUAUGCUACAUUUGAACGGAUGUAAAUAAUUUGAUUUGAUUUUGUACUGAGACAAGAUUGUGUAAAUGUUUUUUUUAUAUCUCUGUAUAUUUUGGGUUUAUAUGGCCGGGGCAGUAUAUACAGCACUUAAAAAAAAGCAGAUGAGCCUAGGGACCUACACUGGAACUGCAAUAAAGAGAAAAGUAUAAAGCCUUGGAA